GGUUGUCUCGAUGAAGGAAGAUGCUGGCGAGAUUGCGGCGCGCCUCGCCGACUUUUUAGAAGGGGUCCGCAUUGAAGCAGAGGUCCACGUCGUGCCACUGCGGAAUGCAACGAUCUCGUCGCUCCUCAUCAAGCGCACCAAGGACGAGUUGCUGAAGAAGAAGGAGGCGCUCGCCGCCAUGAAGGUGACGACCAUGUCUUUCGCCAUCCGCGACGGCUACGAGCAGCUCGUGGACGACCUCAGCGACGUGGGCACGGCCAUCGACGACGACGAGCGGUCCAAGCGCUUUGCUGCGUCGCUACCACCAACCUCGUCCGACACGCGCCUGAUGCACGCCCAGCUCAUGAACCAGCACAUGCUCGAGCACUCGGGCGAUGCAUCGCUCGUCGUGGUGAACCUCCCGCGCCUCAUCGGCGUCCCUGCACUCUCCUUUGUGACGUACGUUGAAGCGCUGACACAGCACCUACCGGCGGUGCUACUCGUGCGGGGCAGUGGCCGCGAAGUCGUGACCUUGAACGCCUGAAGUCCACAAGAUGACCAUCGUUUUAUAUAAAUGCUGGGGCUAAUACAUGUACCCUGGGCGCCUUGA